GGUCGCUUCCCGCGGCCCGGGUAAGACUGGCGUGAGGAAAGUGGGGCGAUGCGGCCCAGGUCACCCAGGUCGGCUGGGCGAGGGUGAGAGGAGCCCCCUACUUGCUCAGUUCCGAGCUGAAAGCGCCGGCGGAGGCCCCGCAGGGGUCGGACUAGGGGGCAUUUUUGGCCCGGUCUCUGCUGGGUCCACCGAGCCGUCGGAGGCGCAGCUCCCGGUUGGUGCCUCCGGGCAUUUCGGAGACAGGGACUCUUGGGUCACACGUGCUGACACGGGUGGGUCUAAGCAAACGACCCAUUUCUCCCACGCGGCCGCCCUCUCCCGGAACCCUUUGUGGGGUCUGUCGAGUCCUUAAGGGACACAGACAACUGGACUUCCCUGAGUCUGGGCCUAAUUGUGGCUGCUCAUCAUUGAUGGGCCAGUUCGGUUUAUGCUAACAGGGUAAAUGGGAAAGUUGUUGGUAGUCUGGUCGACGCACUAUUUUGUAUUAUUCUUUCGAAGAUGUAAACUCGUGGAAGGCGACCAGUAAAAGAGACCCCAUGUCAUUUAUCUUGAAUGACUCCUAAAACACUCUUUCUCCAAGCUCACCCUAGAAGCCCCUAGGUCAGCUUUUAGGGCCUGGGAAGUAAAGGUAUUUCUAAAAGAUGCCACGUAGGUUAACAGAUGCUAGGCACAGAGAAGGCACUAGAGGGCCUCCUUGCGUCGUCCUAGGUUCUGUGCCUGGAAACUGAAGGUCCCUGAGCGCAAGGCAUGGCCUCCCCAGGCAGCGACUAGAUGACCAGGUCAGAGCCCUUUACUUACUAAGUGUCAGACACUGAGUCUAAUGCUCUAGGUAGUCAUUCUCAAAGCAACCGUAUAUAAUAAGGCCUGUGAUUUAGUUAGGUCCUUGGUUGGCGCAAAUGGUUUGCACUGACUACUAACCUAAAGGUUGGCAUUCAAACCCACACAGCUGCGCCGGGGAAGAAAGGCCUGGCAAUCUGUUUUGGUAAAGAUUACAGCCAGGAAAACUGUAUGGAGCAGUUCUACUCCAACACAUGGUGUCGCCGUGAGUCAGAAUAGACUCUGCGGCAAUGGGUUUGGUUUUUUGUUUGUUUUUAAUUGUAUUGUAGUAAUGUUUGUAAUUUUGCUGUGGUGAGAUAAGAUGUUAACUUUAGGGGAAGCUGGGUGAAGAUAUAGUACCAUUCUGUACUUUUUUGGAAAAUUUUCUGUUUUAGGUUAUUUCAAAAUAAAAAGUUAAAAAAAGUUUUUAUAGAGGGGGGAAUAGAACGUUAAAAAGGUUAAGCCACCACCCAUACUUACAAGAGAAGGUGACAGGAUUCAAAUCCAGGUCCAGAAUCCACAGCCCAUGCCCUUAAGCAUUGCCCACCAUACUGGUAGUCUGCAUUUACUUACACAGGCACUAACGUCAGCUAUUACGUAGAAAACUGAAACCAUCUACACUAACACAGCUUCCUACCUACAUUAACAUGACUAUUUAGCUGUCAUCACUAAUAUAACAUUACUAUCCCACUGUCUUUAUCAACAUGACUUUACUAUUGCAGGAAAUUGCAAAUAACUGUUUCAAAAAUUUCCUCCUCAAUCCAUUUAAGUGAACAUCAAACUGUUCAACUUUUCAAUGGUCAGCAUUCAGACAUUUUGAAACCUUCACCUCAAAACCCUCACCAUGUCCAUCACUCUUAAACUAUUAUACCAUGAUCCUUAUGUAAUCCUAACCCUGCUUUGAAAUGUCCAUCUUAAAUCCCCAAAACCUCAUAAAUAUCCUACUCCUUCAGAGACGCUACUAAGACUUUGUUGGGUAGUAUGGUAUCAACUGUAAGAGUAAGCUGCAUUUUCCCUUUUUAACAGGCUGCUUUGGUGUUAUUUUCAGGAAAUAAGCAUCCAACAAUAUUCUCAAUAUUGUCGAGAGGACUAUUUUGACAUUCUUGACAUUCCUUCUACUUGGCACCAAAACCAAACCCACUGGCGUAGAGUCAAUUCCAACUCAUAACGACCCUCUAAGACAGAGUGGAACUGCCCCAUAGGGUUUCCAAGGCUGUAAUCUUUACACAGGGUUGCUAUGAGUCAGAAUCGACUCAAUGGCAGUGGGUAAUCUUUAUGGGAGCAGAUUUCCACAUCUUUCUCCCACAUAGCUGCUGGUGGAUUUGAACCAGCAACCUUUCAGUUAGCAGCCCAGCUCUUAACCACUACACCACCGGGUCUCUAUUUGGCACAAAAGGUUUGAAUUACUUUAAACUUUAUAAGUUUCUUUAACUUCCUGUCGAGCCUCGUUUUCUUCCAAAACAGACAUUAGACUCAGUGAGUGACCUCACUGACCUACAUCACCUGUAUAUGUACAUUUCUCUUUAAUUGUGGUUUUUGUAACCUUAGGAGUGCGCCCUAAAAGAUAACACUUGCAGUAGCAGUCCUUCUCUCAACCCACUGGAGGUGGAAUGGCCACCAUACGCCUUCCACCGGCUCCUGAAGAACUUAAGGGGCUCUUCAAAGUAAACAGCAAAAAAGGGCCUAGGAGGGGCCAGGCAUUCAGCCCUCAAGGGAGCAGGCCAAACAACCAUGAAUUAUUCCGCCGACGCUUCCGACAGUUCUGCUACAAAGAGACUCCUGGGCCCCGUGAGGCCUUGAGCCAGCUCUGGAUACUCUGCUGUGAGUGGCUAAGGCCUGAGAUGCAUACCAAGGAGCAGAUGUUGAACUUGCUAGUGUUGGAACAGUUCCUUACCAUCCUACCUGAGGAGCUCCAGGCUUGGGUGCAGGAGCAUCAUCCAGAGAGUGGGGAGGAGGCAGUAGCUAUGCUGGAGGAUCUCGAGAGGGAACUGGAUGAACCAGGACAGCAGGUUUCAGCUGAUGCCUGUGCACAGGAAGUGCAUUCUGAGACAUCAGUGCCAUCAAUGCCAGCUAAGGAAGCAAGAUAUCUCCUACCUCAACCCCUGGAGACUCAGCCUAAGAAUGAAUCUCAGGACAAACACCAUCAGGAUUGUGAUGGUGUGAUCAGAAUUGAUAAAGAGGAGUUGACUCAAAAGCAGGAACUUACUGUAGAUGUGGAAUCCCAAGAAAAGUUACCUGGCCAAAUCAAUGGAGAGAGUGUUCAAUGUGGAGAGACCCAGGAACAUGAAAUACAGUUGGAAAGAUAUCUGAGAAACAAUAUAAGUGUGAUGAAUGUGGGAAAAGGUUCACUCAAAAGUCAAGCCUCAUUAGACAUAAGAGAAUCCAUAAUAGAAAGAGACCCUUUUCCUGUAAUAAAUGUGGCAAAGCUUUCAUACAGAGCUCACAACUUACUAAUCAUCAGAGAAUGCACGGCCAAUUAAAACCGUAUCAGUGUGAUGAGUGUGGCAAAGCCUUUUGUUACAGUUCACGCCUUGUUCAGCAUCAAAGGACCCACACUGGUGAGAAACCCUUCCAAUGCGAUGAAUGUGAGAAAGCUUUUCAUUACAGCUCAGGCCUUAUUCGACAUCACAGGACCAUACUGGAGAGAAACCAUACCAGUGUAAUGACUGUGGGAAAGCCUUCUGCGUGAGCUCACAUCUGAUACAACAUCAGAGAGUUCAUACUGGAGAGAAGCCAUACCACUGUAG